AUGGCACAGGAACAGUUUGACCGCAAAGUGAAACCGGGAGACCUGAUCGAGAUCGACCGCGGAAUUUAUCAGCACUGGGCCGUUUACGUCGGAGGAAAUGAAGUGGUUCAUUUGGUUACGGCAGAUAACGGGUCUUUAGAGCUGCUCUCGAACACCAGCACAGCAGAGGUGAGGCGUGACAAGCUCCAGGAAGUGGUCGGCUGCAACAAGUUCAUCAUCAAGAAUCUCCUCGACGACCAGUACGAGCCACGCGAGCCUGACGUCAUCGUGCAGGACGCCUGCGGGAUGGUGGGUCGAUCCUCGCGGUACAACCUCGCCACUAGCAACUGCGAACACUUUGUGACGAAUCUGCGAUACGGCAAACCAGAGUCACGGCAGGUUAAAAACACAGCCACUGCGAUUGGAGGCGUCGCUGUAGGUGUAGGUGUGGCAGCGUUGGCAGUUUUGGGCGCCUUUCUGUUCUCUGGCUCUUCCGAGAAAGAAAAAGAGGAGGAGGAGGAGGAGGAGCGCGUCAACAGGACGAGACAACGCAAUAGUCGCGGGAGCGGGAAUCGUCCCCAGCAUUAUUACUAUUAGAGUCCACUCACGUUCACUACCUGUGCAAAUAAUUUAAACCGUUUGAAAUAAGCUA